GGCAGUCUUGGAGCUAAGAUCCGCUUGGGUCUGGGGCAUAAGUUGCAAGCCCAUAUCUUUCUGAUGAAUUUUGUGAUGCUCUAUAAGUUUCUGUUUCUCUUUGUGAACAAAUCUCAGUUGUUCCCUCUUGAUUUUCAGGGAUUCUUAGUCAUGGCGGGGAAGCCUGUGCUUCACUACUUCAAUGGCAGGGGCAGAAUGGAGUCCAUCCGAUGGCUUUUGGCUGCAGCAGGAGUGGAGUUUGAAGAAAAACUCUUUGAAACACGUGAAGAAUUUGAAAAGUUAAUUCAAGGUGGAACCCUGAUGUAUGAACGAGUGCCCAUGGUAGAAAUGGAUGGAAUGAGUUUGGUAGAAUCCAGGGCCAUUCUAAGAUACAUAGCUGCAAAAUAUGGCUUGUAUGGAAGGAACCUGAAGGAGCAAGCCUGGUACAGAAAACACUUGUGACUUAAAAACAGAAUAAAAACCUAACAUUGAGGUUUA